UAAACAUUCUGCCUGUCCCUGUUUGUUCGUGUUCUGCAAAAAUCCUGGGAUUAGGGCAAGCAUGCCUUUUGAAAAAGACUGUCUCUGAAUACUCGCUCUCAGCGUGCCUGUGAAAUUUCCGCUAAAUUCCCCGUUUCCAAAAGAUUAGGUCAUGGAAGGUUCAGCUGCACCCUCUGAAGCAUCACCUCGCCGUACCAAGAGGAGUAGAGCUCAGGGUCAACACACUGGGAAGCAACUCCACGUGGAAAAGGACGGGGAUGGCGAUCACCGUGCCAAGAUCAGCGAUACUAGCGAGCAAGUGGACAGGGAGAGUUCUCCUGAUGAUUUCGAUGAAAUUCGUCCAAAAGCUAAGCGAGGUCGUCCCACAAAUGGAGCUUCUGGGAUGGCGCACAAAACCAGUGAUCAGAGCUUGAUUGAGGUUGUCAAGGGACAUGGCAAGCUCAUUCCCCAUGUUGUAAAAAAUUGGGUUGAACGCUAUGAAAAGGAUCCUAAACCUGCAAUGGUUGAACUCUUGACAAUGCUGUUUGAGGCAUGUGGUGCCAAGUAUUAUAACAAAGGAGAUCUUCUGGAUGAGACUGAUGUAGAUGAUGUUGUGGUUGCUCUUGUCAACUGUGCUAAAAAGGGUGAAAUUGAAGAUUAUCAAAAUUCGAAAAAGAAGGAAGUUAAGAACUUCAAAGAGAAUCUUGAAUCAUUCUGGGAUACUUUGGUCCGUGAAUGCCAACAUGGACCAUUGUUUGAUCAGGUUUUGUUUGACAAAUGCAUGGACUAUAUUAUUGCACUGUCAUGCACCCCUCCAAGAGUUUAUCGUCAAGUUGCUUCGUUGAUGGGUCUUCAACUUGUUACAUCAUACAUAACUGUUGCUAAAAUGCUUGGUGCGCAGAGAGAGACUACUCGCAGGCAGCUGGAUGCUGAAAAAAAGAAAAGAGCUGAGGGGCCUCGGGUAGAAUCUCUAAAUAAAAGAUUUUCGACUACACAUGAGAAAAUAACUAUGUUGGAAGAGAUGAUGCGUAAAAUAUUUACCGGUUUGUUUGUGCAUCGCUACAGGGACAUUGACCCAACUAUUAGAAUUUCUUGCAUAGAGUCACUGGGUGUAUGGAUUCUAUCUUACCCAUCACUGUUCUUACAAGAUUUGUACUUGAAGUAUCUUGGAUGGACGUUGAAUGACAAAAAUGCGGGAGUAAGAAAGGCUUCUAUAACUGCACUUCAAAAUCUUUAUGAGGUGGAUGAUAAUGUGCCAACCCUUGGUUUAUUUACUGAAAGAUUUUCAGGCAGGAUGAUUGAGCUUGCUGAUGACAUAGACGUUUCUGUGGCUGUUUGUGCCAUAGGACUUGUUAAACAACUUUUAAGGCAUCAACUUCUGCCUGAAGAUGACUUGGCUCCUUUGUAUGAUUUGUUGAUUGAUGAUCCCCCAGAAAUCAGGCAUGCUAUUGGAGCGUUAGUGUACGAUCACUUAAUUGCGCAAAAAUUUAAUAGCUCCCAAUCAGGUGAAAGUGGCAGUUCUUCUGAGGUCCAUCUUAAAAGAAUGUUACGAAUUCUGGAAGAAUUCCCCCAAGAUCCUAUCUUGAGCAUUUAUGUCAUUGACGAUGUUUGGGAAUAUAUGAAGGCUAUAAAGGAUUGGAAGUGCAUUAUAUCUAUGCUCCUAGAUGAAAAUCCCUCAAUGGAGCUCACUGAUGGUGAUGCAACAAAUCUAGUGCGACUCCUCUGUGCAUCUGUUAAAAAGGCUGUUGGAGAGAGGAUUGUUCCUGCUACUGAUAAUAGAAAGCCCUAUUAUAACAAAGCCCAAAAAGAAUUAUUUGAAAAUAGUAGACGAGAUUUAACUGUUGCCAUGAUGAAGAGUUAUCCACUGCUCUUGCAGAAGUUCAUUUCAGAUAAAGCAAAAGUGCCGUCACUCAUUGAGAUUGUUUUGCAUAUGAACCUUGAGCUUUAUUCCCUGAAGAGACAGGAACAGAACUUCAAAAAUGUCCUUCAGCUUGUGGAAGAAGCAUUUUUUAAACAUGGUGACAAGGAGCCAUUGAGAUCUUGUGUGAAGGCAAUUAAUUUUUGUUCAUCUGAAAGUCUAGGGGAACUGCAAGAUUUUGCCCGUAAUAAGUUGAAGGAACUUGAGGAUGAACUGAUUGCCAAACUUAGGUCUGCUAUUAAAGAAGUUGUGGAUGGCGGUGAUGAAUACUCUCUUCUUGUAAACUUGAAGAGGUUGUAUGAACUCCAACUAUCGAGAUCCGUGCCUUUUGAAAGUCUGUAUGAAGACAUUCUCAUGGUACUUCGAAACUUCAGAAAUCUGGAGGAUGAGGUUGUUGGUUUCCUGCUUCUGAACAUGUAUAUGCACCUAGCUUGGGGUCUGCAUUCUAUCAUAAGCAAAGAAACCGUUUCAGAAGCAUCUUUAUCUUCUCUUCUCUCUAGGCGCAAUACUUUGUUGGACGAACUUGGCUACUUUCUUAACUCAGCUACUGACUACAAGGAAGGGAAUAAACAUGCAAGUGAACUAACUUGCAGGGUAUGCUGUGUACUUGCAGAAACAUGGUUCUUAUUUAGAAGGGAGAAUUUUGCCAAGACAAAGCUGGAAAGAUUAGGAUAUCAACCAGGUGCAGAUGUUCUUCGGAAGUUCUGGGAACUGUGUCAACAGCAGCUCAAUAGUUCAGAUGAGACAGAAGAUGAAGACAUGAACAGGGAGUAUGUUGAGGAGACAAAUAGAGAUGCUGUUAUGAUUGCUGCUGCAAAGUUGAUUGCCAAUGAUGUUGUUCCAAAGGAGUAUCUUGCUUCAGAGAUUGUUUCUCAUUAUGUAAUGCAUGGGACAAGUGUGGCUGAGAUUGUAAAGCAUCUGAUCACUGUUCUGAAGAAAAAAGAUGAUGACCUGGCAGGCAUUUUUCUGGAAGCACUUAAAAAGGCCUACCAAAGGCAUGUCUUGGAGCUCUCUAGAAAUGAGAAGAUUGCUUCAGAUAGCAAAUCUUUCUCCGGGUGCAAGGAUUUGGGCUCAGCUUCAGGAACAUUUGUUGGAGCUGCAAGAAACAAGCACAGGUCAGACAUUCUCAAAAUUGUAAGGGAUGGUGUUGAUUAUGCUUUUGUAGAUGCCCCAAAACAGUUGGCUUUUUUGGAAGUUGGGGUACUUCCCUUUGUGGCAAAACUCCCUGCAUCAGAUGUGCUAGAUGUCAUGAAGGAUGUUCAAAGACGUACAGAAAAUGUUAAUACUGAUGAGGAUCCCAGUGGCUGGCGCCCCUACAACAUAUUUAUUGAUUGCUUACGUGAAAAGUAUGCAAAGAAUGAGGGAUUUCAAGAUGAGAAAGAAGGGACUCCUGUAAGGCGCAGGGGUCGGCCACGUAAGAGGCCUAACAUGACAGGAAAGAAACUUUUUGAAGAACACAGUUCAAGUGAUGAUGAAGAAUCAAUUAGUGCAUCUGAACAAGAUGAAGGGAAGCAAGAGGAGGAGGAUGAAGAUGCUCCUUUGAUACAGUCAAUUAGAGCAUCAUCGAAGUUGAGGUCAUUGGGAGCUUCCAGGGAAGAAAACAAAGGCCAGACUAGAACUGGUAGUUCUAGUAAAGCUACAGAUAAUAUAUCUGCUUCUAGAACAUCAGGGGCAUCUAGCUAGUGUUGCAGUCCAUGGGUACAUAUUGGGCGCAUUAUAAUUGGUUGUAUGUUAUGUCCAUAUAUCCUAAUAUCUCUUAUUUUGCCCCCU